AUGGGCGACCCGAUGGCGAUAAAUGAAGGCUUCGAAAAGGGACAUAGAAAGAAUAAAGCGUCUACAUCUUCUUUGCCAUUCUUGUCCUCAUACAAUUCGUCAACUUCCAUCUCUUCGUACGUCUCGGCCACAAGUGAUUUGGAAGACAAAGAAACGAAUCGGUUAAUUACACCAUGCAUACGAGAACCAUACUAUGGGAAAUCUCUUGGAAUGCGAUCAAAUUCCCAGAUGACAAUAAAUCCAGAUACUUGUAAUGGACCACCUGAUUUAAUUCACUGGGGUAAGCAUUUUGGAUCUAGAUCGUCCCAAUUUUUAAAUAAUGAUUUCAUAUCUAAGAAAUGGAAGGCGAACGAAGAAUCAUAUUCAAAGGAUGAAGAUGGAUAUGUUGGAUAUUAUUAUUAUGCUAAUGGUAUAAGAUUUGACAAAAACGAAGAUACUAUUGAAGACUAUAUUUGCGAUUUAAUCGGGUUAGAGAAGAAAGACGAAGAGUUUAGAUGGAAAAAAGAUGCUAGCGUUGAUUUGUCAACCAACUGCAAAAGAGAUAUUGUUGUAACGUAUUGCACAUACAACAUAUUCAGCAAAGCUGACUUACGUUCAAAGUUUAAAAUUCGUACGUUUGGGUCUUCGAAAAAUGCAUCGGUUAAGAUUGAAAAGUCCUAUCAGGUUAUUCCGAACAGUUUGGAUUCAAGAAAUAGAAAGGUAUAUUCAUUCAGUCAGCAAACGAUAAAAAAUUUAUCAUCUGCUUUUUGGGAGGAGUUGACUGUAUCUGAGAUAGUACGAUUAUUUAGCCACCUUGAUAAUCCCGACAAGCAAAUCACUGGUUUGGUUAGCUAUGCAAAUAUGACAAGUUCAAAACAAGUCAUAAUUAAAUCUGCGAAACUACUAGUUAAAUUUUUGAAUAAAGGUAAUAUGACUGAAACGGACCCUGCUAUUGGUAGUAUUACGGGGACGGGUGGAAGCGGAGAAUCUAAUAAGAAGACCAAUCAGUAUAAAAAUUCUAUAAUUGAUUCUUUAUUAAGAAUUUGUCAUUUAGAAACCAGUGGUGAAGUGAGUGAUAUUACAAUAAAUGAAAUAAGACGUAGAUAUUAUGUCGGCGUGGAAGAUGUUGGAGAAUGGGAUAUAGUCAUUUUGAAAAUUCUUAAAGUUCAGAGUGGCUCGAACAAAGAAGGAGAAUACAUCAGAUUGAUACAUAAGCAUUUCAAUUCUAUGAAUAUUCACAACACCCAACUGGCGUUGGUUUUAACAGAGCAAGUUAAAUUUCUAAUAUCGAAAAAAAAUUACAAAACUGCUUUGAAAAUAGCGAAAAUCUGUAUCGAAAUACUUCCUCUUGAUUUUGAGACUUGGUAUAAUUUGGCCUUAUGCUAUAUUCUUGUUCAAGAUUAUUCAAAUGCUUUAUUAGUGAUGAAUUCCAUUCCUAUCAUUUUGUCUCAGAAACUAAAAAUUACUGACACUGAUAGUGUUGCUGGAGUUAAGGAUAUGUAUAUAGAAACUUUCGUUGACAGACUUAACAAUAAUGAAGAAGUGAUCUCAGAGAAAACAUUUGAGGCAUACUUUCCAAGGCCUAAAUCAUAUGCCUCUAAUUAUCCUAGAUACGUCUCACUUUCAAAGAAACCUGUGUCAGAUGAUACAUUGAUAGAUGAAGGUUCAGUUCAGAUGAUUUGGAAGGAUUUGUUCUUGUUCAACUCACAUCUUCGUCAUCCUAUAAAUGGGAAUCAGUUUUACCAAUCUCCUCUUAUGAAUAGUUCAGCCCGUGAAUUAUCAUCUGUUGAUCCAAAUCUUAUCAGAUUAUGUGGUCCCUCUUCAGCAAAAAUUAUUCUUUCAGCACAAUCAGCUGGUACACCAUCAUCAUCAAUUUUAGACUUCGAUAGGAAAUCCACAUGGGGUAGGUGUUAUGAUUUAUUGUCGCUCCUAAUAGCUUUAGUUGGCUGGGAUGACCUUAUCCGGAUAAAAGAAGGUGUUUUCAAGGGCCUGAAUGUAAUAUCAAAGAAUUCAAAACCGGGAUAUAUUGUUAAUAAUAAUGUCAAAGAGAAUACUCAAGUGGUCUGUUCCAGCUGGUUAGAUCAACUAUUUUUGAUCAUAUAUGAAGAUUUAAAAAGUUUAAUGCUUAUCACUGCCCAUGAUAAAGAACAACAUCAUAGCGCUAUUGAAUGGGAAAUGCUAGGCUUAUUAGGCUGGGCAGUUAAAUAUAACUUGAAUGAGUCCAUAAGUUCUUUAAUGACAAGUGUCAUGGGAACUGCUGCCCAGGGAGGAUUUGAUUAUUUUGGCACGAUUCAGUUACUUGAGAUAUACGACGAAUUUAUCCUUAGUGAAGUUCUCGACUCCAACAUAAGUGCCUUGUACGAUGAUUACGAAUUGAAGUUUCAUGCACACAAGCUAAUUUUGAAUCUAUCGGGAGAAGUUCAUGAUGAAUUUAUUAGAUCAUUAGAGGAAGACUAUUUGACACUAGACUUCAUAUUGCUCAACCUUAUGAAGUUGAUAAGUUGGAACCUUAGGUGGUAUCAAUAUGUGUCAAAUUAUUUAGUAACAAAAAUAUUAACAAAGUUGUGUGCAAAGUACGACCUGGUCUUUAUUCGAAGUAAAAUAAGGGUAGUCUUUGAACAGAACAAAUUAAAUAUUGCAUUCAAAACGAAGAAUAAGAAGAAUAAGUUUUCGUUAAGUUCAUUUUUAGGAAAUUCAUCUACAUCACAGCCAAAAGCACAUGAAUUUUUAGACAGUGAUACAAUUGUUGAUUAUACAGAAAAAUUAAUUGGCUGGAUUGAUGAAAUUAAUCUGCUGGUGUCAGCAAAACAACCAGAUUCGUUAUAG